UGGGCUGCGGGGCUGGCUGCUUUCGUCGGGUUGGCGCUGAUAUUUUUCAGAGCCGUUGCUCUACUUCGAGAGCGACAGCUAAUCUGUUGUUGGGCUGGUUUUAUUGCUGCUGAAAAGUUUCCACCUGCGGCUGGGCCAUUGCUGCGAGCUUUGAGUCGGUGACUGCGACGCUCGCAUCAGCCGUUCUUCGCGUGUGGGACUUGGAGCUCGGUUAAGGAAAAGGGCACGAUCCGCCUGAGUGCGCUCGGGCUCCUGGGCCGCGGUUAGCUGCGGCUGCCCUUCGGCUCAUCCCAGCACACCGCGGGUCGCGGCCUGGGAUAAGCAGCAAGAGCUGCCAACGGGCCUUGGCUGCCGUUCUGCUUCCUGAGCGGGUGUAGCGCUGAGUGCUGCGCCCGGAUCACGAGUGGAGUGCGCCAGGUUGAUGUAGAAGCACUGCUGUGGGUAUUUUCAUUUUACAUAUUGUGUGUGACUCCAGUGAGCUAAGAUAAAGUCUUAGUGUAGGAAAUACUUCUCCUGCUCGUUACUGCCUUUGUUUUUGGUACUAAGAAAGCAGUGCAGUUUUGGCUUAGUGACGGUAGGAAGGAGGUGGUUUGUAUUGGAUGUCAGAUGUGGUUAUGUAACGUUAUCUGGUGAUCUCACUGCUUUUUGGCUGAUGGCAGAAUUGGCAGCCUGCUGUAAGCAAAAUCUGAGGAGAUUUACUGCAGUAAAUGGCAGCACUGGGUAUAUUUGUUUUAAUUGUAGGUGGGUUCUUUGAGCAAUUCCACACUGCCAUCGUAGGUCACUAGGUUGCUGCAAAACUAACUUUGAAAGCCAUUGGCGUAACAUAGUAACUAUAAAUACUGUCCAUAUGAAAUAGAGCAUUUCUAAAGGAAGGCUCUGCCAUGCAAGGCUGUAUUAAACUCUGUGUCAGAUGAUAGCAUAAAAUUUGAGAGCUGUAAAAUUGUGUAUUUUUAAAUAGCAAUAAAAAGUUAUUUAACUUACACUCUGUACAAUGCUACAGACACUGCUGAUUUCAGCAAAAAGAAAAUGCUUUUUCCUUGCAGUUGUGGAACAAGAACAGGGAUGCAAUAAAAAAUGGAAAAUCAAAAGGUGCAAAAACCACAAUGUGAUAUGAAAACAGAUUUGAACUUACUGCUUGAAUGCCUUAAAUACCAGAUGGACUGCCCUUCAUCCCAGAAAGAGGCUUUGAUCACUAUUUAUUCAAUUUGUCAACAAAAUAGUGAAGCUUGUGAAUAUUUACGAGAAAUUGGUGGUUUGGGGUUUAUAAAUGAUCUUGCAAAGUCAAGUGCUCAUGGCAUAGUGAAGGAAGCAGCUUUAUUUACACUAGGAAUCAUAAUAGAGAGUAAUGUUUACUGCCAACAAACUUUGUGUUCUUCUGCAUUAUUUGAGGACCUCAUUUCAUUUUUAAUGAAUAAGGAUUCUGGUGUGAACUUGAAAAGAAUGUCUGUUUAUGUCAUCUUGGCACUGGUUUCAAAUAAUAAACUUGGCCAAACCUAUGUCAGAGAAACAGGCUGCAUUGAUCUGCUGCUGCAGUUAUUCAGAACAACUCUUUCCACACCUGAGCUGAAUCUGUCAGAUGAAAAUACAAAUAGCUGCUACCAGCUGUGGUGUUCAGUCUGUAGCACUCUCUGUGCCUGUGUUAACAAUCCUCAGAAUGCCCCCGUGCAGAAAUAUUUUGUUUCUAUUGGAGGAUUGGACACCUUAGCUCAAGUCCUCCUCAAGCUGAUGCGUGAUGAUUCCUGUCUGAGUCACCCUAGCAGGAAGCUUGCAAUAGUAGUGACAAAGACUCUGGAUGCCUGCAUUGCUAAUGACUCUGCCAUGGCUGUUGUUUUGGCGAAGUAUCACACUGUGUCAGAACUGCUGAACCUACUGUCUAAUGACACUCUGGAUACGGGAGAAAAAAUGAGUGUUAUUCUAACAAUUGGACACUGUACUGAAGUCUCUGAAGAAAACCAGUGUGAACUGCUCAAGAACAAUGGUCUUCCACUUAUGAUUCAGGUACUAACUGAGUCUCAGGAUGAGGAACUACACAAAGCUGCUACUUUUGUGCUGCAGAACUGCAAGCAAAUGACUAAACAAUUGUCCUUGAAAAUAAAUGAGAAGUCCCUAAGUGUGAAGAAUGCAGAAGAGCUGGAGGUGGACAUGCAAAUCAGAGAAAGAAAUCAACGAAACUACUGGAAGAAAGCAAAAGACAUUCUGCACAGAAUAAACUUGAUUGAAAAAGAACAUGAGGAGAUUAGCACGUUUAUGGAGGAAGGAGUGGAAGGAAGACCGUUUGACAGGAGUUCAUGGGAUUUUGAUGCUUCAGUGCUGGCUUCUGAAGUGAAUCCCAGUGAUACAAAAGCAUGUCUAGAAAGAACGUGCAAAGAAUUACGUGGUCCACAGUUAACUUCUAAGUUGGAUGACGGAGUUCUUGCUCUAGCUGCAAAUUCUUCUGCACUGACUGAGAAUCCAGUGAAUGCUUCUGCUAGAAAAAGUAAACAGAGUGAUAUUCCACGUUCAGUUUAUGCAAUGCAGUCAGACACUGCAAUUCAAAGUCGUAGUGUAAAUGAAAAAACAGCAGGUGAAAAAAGUCAGUCUGUUCUUCAGCUAAGGAAAAGCUUACUUCAACAACCAGGGAAGACUAUUAAGCAUAUGAAAUGGGCAGGCAUACCAGACCAACAUUCAUUGUACUCAGAGAUAACCAAGGAAGAAAAAAUUAAUUUGAUUACAACUGCAUCCCUUAAAAUGACAGACUUGCUGUGUUUGGGCUGUACAACAACAGGACUGUCUUUCAAUAGCAGAACUUUUAGUAAGAUGUUGCAAACUUGUCCAUACCUGUGUGGCCGUCAUAGAGUCAUUCUGGAAGCUGAAGAAAGAUAUAAAAAGAAACUUCAGAAAUCAUGUGGCUCUAACAGAAGACAUGCAGCUUAUGAGAAGAUAGUGCUGACUCCAGUGAAGAAAGGAAAACUGCUAGUAGAGACAUCUUUAAAGAGCAAACAGGAUAAUUUCCAAAGUAUUCUUUUGACUCCAAUUAGAAAAAGCAAACCCAAUACUUUGAAUAGAUAUCAGCAUAAUAAAAAUACUCGGUUAUCUGAAGAAUAUAACUUGCAACCAACGUGUGAAAAAUGUGAGUAUCGCCAGAAAAUUAGUUCUGUAACAAGAAUAGCUGAAAGAUCAGGUUUUACCUUUAGUUCAGGGCACUGAAAAAAGUGUCCGUGCUUGCUGCUUGGAGACAAAUGGCUGAGGAUUUUAAUAGAUAUUCUUGUAACUUCAAUCAUAAGAUUACUUAAGCUUAUUUUAACUUAAAUCCUAUUGUUUUGCUACUUGCCUCCAGUACCUAACUAAUUCAGACAUGUUAAUGCCAAUAAUGAGAAAAAGAUCUAAUGAGAAAUAGAUAUUAGUAAUAAGGCAACAUGUGCGUAUCCAUGUUCAUUAGAGGCAAUGUUCCUUCCCAGCACAAGAGUCAGGCUUACAGUCGAGUUCAGUAAGUUCAAAGUGACCAAGGGUUGGCCUUCACAGUUUCAUAGCCUUCCAAAAAAGGCAAGAUGCAAACUUGGAGAGAAAGAGGGUGUGAAAGAAAUGUGCAGCCAUGAAUGCCAACAGUUAAAAGAAAAUUGUCUAUGUUCACUUGAUGAAGAUGAGGUUACCUGUGUGCAGCCUUAUACACUUGUCUUUAUCUUUGUAAAAUCACUGAAAACUGUGUAAUUCCAUUUGAAGUCACCUUUAACAGGAGCCCAAUACCUAAGUGAACCAUAUUAAAUACAGAUCUUUCCCUGCUGAUUCUACUGCAGUCAUAUGGCAUAUCCCUGAAACAAGUUAACUAUUUUUCUAUUGUUAGCUAUUUUCAAAUAAUGGAACUUUCACAAGCAAUGGAAAUGGAAGUAUGCUUAUAUCCUGAGCUUGUGAAAGUUGGCACAGUAUAGAAAUGGUACACACCUAAAAGAAAUAGCUGUCCUGACUGGAAAACAAAUACUGAGAGUGUAAGUUAUGUAAGCGCAACAAAAAUGCAGCAUUUUUCUGUGACAUUUACCUUUGAGUAAAUGGGUGACAGUGAAGAAAAGGCUGAACAUAGCAUGUUUGAAAAAUGUCAUUGUAUUGACGGUUUGCUGGCAACACAAUUCUCAAUUAGUUCUGAACAAUAAUGCAUUCCUUCUAAUGUGAAAUACUACGUAAGUUGACAUGAUUUUUAAUUACACCAAAAUAAAUACAGAACAGUGAGAAAUGUUACCUGGAUAUAAACACAAGAGCUUUAAACAAGAGAAGAACCUGAAAAAAUCUCACAGAUGAAGAAAUUAAUGAUAUUUUAAAGAGAGUAAAAUAAAUGGGUAAUCACUGGAAUUUGAUUUUUGUGGUGCUAUGCAUUUCACAAAGGAUGAACAAAUGCUUAUCUUUCUGAGAAAUACAACAGGUUACAAGUAAAUGUCAAACUUCCUCAUAUCAUAUGCAAAUCAUAUGCACUAUCAGGUCAUUUUUUGAGCUUUUGUUCCUGAUUCGCUUGCAAAGAAACAUGGGAUGAAAAAUUGGCAACCUGUGAGCUGAUCUUUGUGCCAUUUCACUGCUGUGCACACUGAGGUUUUGAAUGGUCUCUGUAAACUAAUCAGUUUUUAUGCUAAUGGAGAACUAAACUGGGAGGCAUUAGAGUGGCACCUGAUAGGGUACAAAGGGUUUCAGCUGAGGGCUGGAUUAAUACCCGUGUUUGCUAGGAAGUGGAUAUGUUCUUGGUUCAGUCAAUUGGUGAGGGUCUGUGAGAUUUUCUGUUGUAGUUUUUGCUUUGUUGCAUGUGUAUGCUUCUUACACAGAGGUGUGGUUUAUGGAUGGAGUAGGUAAUGUUACUGCUGUACUCUCAGUAAAUGUGGGGGGUUGGUGGCAACCAUUUAUACUCUGAAAUCUUUUCUAAAAAUUGUACUGUGUUUUGUGAUAAUGGUUGUCUUGAUAUUUUUAUCUCCCAUCUUGCAGGAACAAGAAAAACAAGGAUCAUCAUCAAAGUCUUUCAAGAGAAUUUUGGAUUUUAAUACAUGAAGUUGAAGAGCAGCAUUGUUAACAGUGAGGUACAGUUACUACAAUUCCAACUUUUAGAGAAUGAGUUUAGAUGAGUUCAGACCCAUGUUUUGCACUGCUAACAUUCAUAACAAUUGUUAUGCUUUGCAGAUUUCAGUUAAACUGUAAGUUUUUCUAGCACCAAUAAAGCUUUUACCAGUAAAAGUUA